AUGGAUGAAGCAGAAAAAAUCAUGAGCACUAUAAAAAAAGAUAUAAAUAACCGCCCAAUAUCAUUAAAAAUGGAUUGUUGCACUAGAUUAAAUAGAGGGAUAAUUGGGAUAAAUAUACAAUAUCAUAUAAAAAACAAAUUAGUUAUAAGGACAUUGGCUAUGUCUAACUUGGAAGAACGUCACACCAGUGAUUACUUAAAAUCUGUGGUCUUAAAAGUACUGAACCGUUAUGAUAUAAGACCUGAUCAAGUUUACUCAUGUACGGUUGACAAUGGUGCUAAUAUGGUGAAAAUGGUGCGUUUGCUUGCUGAAGAUAAUGAAAAUGAUGCACAAGAGCUUAAUGCUGGUGAAAUUGAUGAAGAUGGUGACACUGAUGUUUUGGCUAACAACCAAUACUCAUCUGAAAAUGAAAUAUUAAAUGAUAACUUCCAAGAACAUUUAGUAAAUUCAUUUACAUCUACAGGAUUUGGAAUGACAUUUUGUAUCAGGUGUUCAGCCCAUACAGUUCAACUUUGUGUCUUUGAUGGUUUAAAAACCACUAAUCUAAAAGUAAUUUUAGAAAAAGCUCGCAAGGUUGUUAAAAAGUUGAGAACCCCCACUGUAUCAACAAUGUUGAAAAAAAAAAAUUUAAAGAAAGCCAUUUUAGAUUGUGAUACAAGGUGGAACUCAAUUUAUCAUAUGCUUAAUCGCCUAUAUGAUUUAAAACAGUUUUGUGAACUAACGGCUAAUGAUCAUUGUAUUCCUGAAUUAGAACUUAAUAAUGAUGAUUGGGAAUUAAUUAAAUCAUUGGUGCUGACUUUGGAGCCUGUAGAAAUCGGAUCUAAAAUCUUACAAAAAGCAGAUCUUACUAUUGGUGACUUUUAUGGAUGUUGGUGGAAAAUUAGAAAUGGAUUGUCCAAAGUGAACACAGAGCUAUCUAAAGCAAUCCAAGCUUCCAUGAUAUUUAAUUAUAUGUCUUUUCUAGCUAUAUAUAUGGAUCCUCGUUUCCAAAUACUUCUUGUUCCCGAAUUUAAAAAAAAAGCGCAAGAUCAUAUCUGCAAAUUAUGGAGUUUGAUAUGUGCUUUGAAAAACGUUGGCCGACCCCAAGAAGUGUGUACAAUAAAUGUACCUGAAAAUGUAUGCGUAACUGUCGAUAAUGAAACUGAUAUAACUGACGACUUUGAGUUAUUUUUGAAAUCCAAAAGUGGUAGCAAUUGUAUUACCACUAACAGUACAAUAUUACAACCUAAUAUAAGUGCUAUUGUGAAAUCAUAUGAUGGUGUCCAAAGAAUCCCAUAUGAGUCUGAUAUUAGAGAAUACUGGAGUUUGAAAGAAAAAAAAAUGCCUGAGUUAUAUGAAAUUUCUCAAAUUUUAAUGUCUAUACCAGCCACACAAGUAAGCUUAAAAGAUUAA